AUGUAUGAAGUGUCAUUCUUUGGAGAUUGGUCGCGGAAAGCUUUUCCUAAAAUGUACCCAAGAUACCGACCACAUGCUCAAUGGUCAAAGUUAGUCGGACGAACCCACGAUUCAACGUACAAGUUAUUCAGAGUGGGGGAACUAGCUACACCUACCUUACAGAAGUUUACUGAAGAGGGCAAUAGUCGAAUGUUGGAGUUUGAAGCUCAGGGUUUUAAUGGUACCUUAGAUAGUUUUACUGCUGCUCCUAUUAGAAAUGGAGUCGGUAGAACAUCAGUCAGGGUCAUGGCUAAUGGAAAAUAUAAUAGGAUAUCGUUUAUCGUGAAGAUCGUUCCCAGUCCAGAUUGGUUUGUUGGCAUUGAUAAUGUAGAUUUAUGUAGAGCCGGCAGAUGGCGACGUAGAAUCCAUAUGACUAUGCGACCUUUGGAUGGUGGAACUGAUAAAGGAUUGACCUAUACGUCCCCCAACUGGCCUACCCAUCCUCAAGAACCAGUUUACCACAUCCUUCCAACCAAACCUCGACAUCCAGCAAGUCCUUUUUAUAAUCCAAAGCAGGAAAAAGUUCCUAAGAUUGCUCAUGUAAACAUGAUGGAGAUGGCAACUAGAAGGCCCUAUAAAUGCGAGACUGUGCAUAUGAUUCCAUGUAAUCGAAGUUAUUGGAUUUUUUACAUUGCAGUGAUCAAAGAUUGUCUAGUGACGCAAUGGGGAUCCUGGGGACCCUGUAGUAAAACAUGUGGUUUUGGUGUACGCAUAAGAAAAAGGCAAAUAAUACAACAGGAAGAAAAUGGUGGAACGGCGUGUCCUAGAGUAUCUGUUGAAACGUUAUGUGGUAGUAUGCGUACCUGUGGAUGGAAACAUUUCAGUAUGUUCGCCCAACACUCACCGCGCCGAAGAAGAAGACGUCGACAUCAUCAAAAGUCUACAAAUAGUUAUGCACCAGUACAUAUAAGAUAUAGACCAGCUUAUUGA